AUGGCAGCCAGCGAUAAAAGCAAACGACCGUCGCCAGCGGUUCUAACCGUCGCCUUACGCACGAAUUUUGACCUUCGUCGAAUCUCAGCCGGCGAUGGCUGGGAUGAGGGCCUCGAGUUCUUACAGCAUCUGCACGAAACGAAACCAAUCGAUCCCGAAUGCCCGCCCACAAAGGAUGAGCUGAUCGCCGCGGGCAAGUUGCCGAAAGAUGAUACGCAACAGACGGCCGUUGAUCCGGAGGCACUGUUCGAAGAGUUUUUCAAGGUUGACAUCGAAUAUCUCAAGAGUUUAGAUCCGAAGGAUUGGAAAAACCAGGAUCACUACGCAGUACUCGGACUGAAAGGGAUGCGGUUUGAAGCCACCGAUGAGGACAUAAAACGCGCAUACCGUAAGAUAGUAUUGAAACACCAUCCAGACAAGCGGAAAGCGCUCGGUGAAGAGGUGAAGCAAGAUGACGAUUAUUUCCACUGCAUAACCAUGGCGUACGAGACGCUCGGUACGCUGAAAAACCGUCGCGCUUUCGAUUCAAUCGACCCCGAGUUUGAUGAUGCCCUGCCGUCUCAGGCUGAGGUGGAGAAGGAUUUCUUCGCAUCGCUACGGGACGUGUUCAAACGCAACUCGCGUUGGAAUGAAUCGCGAAAGGCUGCCCCCCAGCUGGGCCAUGAUAACACGACCCGCGAGGCGGUGGAAGACUUUUACGACUUUUGGUACAACUUCCAGAGCUGGCGCGAGUUUAGCUACCUUGACGAGGAGGAUAAGGAAAAGGGACAAGAUCGCGAGGAGCGGCGCUGGAUUGAGAAACAAAACAAAGCCAUUCGACUGAAGCGCAAGAAGGAAGAGUCGGCCCGAAUACGCUCACUGGUUGAUCUGGCGUACAACAACGAUCCGCGCGUGGUGCGUUUCAAGCGAGAGGAAAAGGAACGCAAGCUGGCGGCGAAACGCGCCAAACAGACUGCCUAUCAGGUCCAGAAAGCAGAAGAAGAACGUCUGGCCAAGGAGGCUGCCGAAGCGAAGCAACGCGCGGAAGAAGCUGAGCAGAAGCGCAUUGAGCAAAUUCAAAUCGAGCGCGAACGAACAAAGCGUAUACUGAAAAAAGAGCGCAAGGUAUUUCGUGACACGGCCAAGGGCAAGAACUAUUACGCUUCGAACGACAAGGAGCGCCUGAAGCAUCUCGAGGGCGUAGAGAAGUUAAUCGAAUCGUUCAAGUUGCUCGAGCUGCAAGAUUUCAACAAGGAGCUAGCGAACGGUGGCCGUGACGUAUUCGUAAAGGCGCUGAACGAGUUAGAGGCGAAGCUGGAGAGCGAACGUAUUGCCGCCCAGCAGACGGCACAGAUACCAAACAACGCCGGGCUGAAGGUGGUCAAUCGGAAGGCCAUGUGGUCGCACGACAACGUGCAGCUGCUGAUCAAAGCCGUUAACCUGUUCCCAGCUGGAACGAUAUCCCGCUGGGACGUGAUAGCGAACUACCUGAAUCAGCAUGGUACGGGGCUGGGCGAUAUGCGCUUCUACGCGAAGGAUGCCCUAAACAAGGCGAAGGAGUUGCAGGGAGGCGACUUUUCCAAGAGUGACCUUAAAACGGUGGUUAACCAACAGGCGUACGAGUCAUUCGAGCGCAGCAAAAAGGAUCUCAAGAUCAUCGACAACUCGGAGAUCAGCAUGAAGGAGGCGGCGGCUGAGGAGAACGGCAAGGAGAAAGGCCAAUCAGAGGCAAAACACAACGGCAAGCAGCAACAGGCAGUGGAAAAGAAGUCAAACCCCCACGUGAUGAUGGUGAACGGCGAGUCGAAAGGACACGGUACCGGCCCGAAUGGAAGCGCAUCCGAGGGCAAGGAAAACCGCAACAAGCAGCCGAAACAAAUGAAGGAAAUGUCCCCGGCGGCUGGUGCUGGGGUGAUCCCGGUGGUGAACGGCACAGAGGACAACAAUAAGACCUCCGCGGCUCCGGUGGUUUCAAAUCCGGAAGCAAAGGCGAAACCGGCCAGUGCUUCUACCAAAAAAGACAAGGAAGCAAACCGGGUGUGGAGCAAAGAAGAACAAGCCCUGCUCGAGCAAGCCAUCAAGACGUACCCGGUGUCGUGUGGUCCGGAUCGUUGGGAUCGGAUAGCGGAAUGCAUACCGAACAGAACGAAAAAGGAUUGCAUGCGGCGGGUGAAGGAGCUGGUCGAUCUGGUCAACGCAAAGCGAGAGGCACAGCAAAGCGUCAAGUAGUAGGAGACAGAGAGUAGAGCAGAGUAGGAUGUGAGCAGGGUAGAGGAUUUUAGACGAAAGAAGAAGAAGAAGAACAGAAGGCCCUUCCAGGAAUAGUUUUGUACUGGUUUUCCUCAGAUGUGGAGCAUUGCUGUGUAGGGGGCGUUCAACAGAGAAAUAGGGAAAAAGACACACCUUUUUGUACAUAAUUAAAGUGUCCUGUUCUAUCCAACACAACAACCUAACACCACACUCGCACACCACCUCAGGCAGAAACCCGCAUUCGUAGACAAGUUUAUCGCUACACAACGCGACCAACAAAAUGCCUCAAGAUAUUUGCAGACAUUAAAGUACGA